AUGAGCAAAAAGAACGACAAGACACGGGCUGAUACCGAUGUUGAUGUCGACACCGCAUCGAUAAAAACCCCGGCAACAUCUGCAUCUAUAACACCAUCCAUCUCGAAAACUGAAAAUGAAGACAGCAAAAACAAAUCAUCAAAAAGAGAGCCGGUCGUAAAUGAGAAGGAGAAGAAGAAGCAGGCAUUUAUAACAAGAACAAUCUGGACAUUUGUCAUGAUUGGCAUCUUUUUUGUCAUUAUGGCUUCAGGUCACUUGCCUAUAAUAACUAUGGUAUUGUUGUUCCAACUCUUGACAUUUAAAGAGAUUAUAGCAUUAACUUCAGAGCCGGCAAGAGACAAAAAGAUCCCAUAUAAUAGAUCUCUAAAUUGGUACUUUCUAGCCGCCACUUGGUACUAUUUGGAUUUCCCGUCGUUUGUUGAAUUCUUUCAAGAGCAAAUCUUUUCAAACAAGUUUCUUACCUUGCUCACUUUGAAUCACAAAAUAAUCAGCUACUCGUUAUACAUUGCUGGAUUCAUAUUCUUUGUUUGGACUUUGAAGAAGGGUUAUUACAAGUUCCAAUUUGCUCAAUUAUGCGUGACCCAUAUGACUUUGUUGUUGGUUGUUUUCCAGGCCCAUCUCAUCAUCGGUAAUAUACUACAUGGUAUAUUUUGGUUCUUCUUGCCGUCAGCUUUAGUCAUUGUCAAUGAUAUCUUUGCUUACGUUUGUGGAAUCACAUUUGGUAGAACUCAACUUAUUGAGAUAUCACCAAAAAAGACAGUUGAAGGGUUUGUUGGGGCUUGGAUAUGCACCUCCAUUGCCGCAGUUAUUGGCUCGUUUAUCUUAUCCAAAUCAGAUUACUUGAUUUGUCCAGCACAAAACUUGUCCACGCAUUUGUACAACUAUCCAACUUGUGAGCCAAAUCCUGUGUUCAUUCCACAAGUGUAUCAAUUGCCACAAAACAUUGUCGAUCUCCUUGGCGGCAAUAUCGAACUCAUCACUUUUAAGCCGGUCUAUUUCCAUGCCGCAGUGCUUGCCACGUUUGCAUCAUUAAUUGCACCAUUCGGUGGAUUCUUUGCUAGUGGUUUGAAGAGGGCGUUUGGCAUCAAAGAUUUUGGUGAUACCAUCCCAGGUCAUGGUGGUGCUACCGACAGAUUUGACUGUCAAUUUUUAAUGGGCUCAUUCACAUACUUGUACUAUCAAACAUUUGUCAAUAAUCACAACAUGAAUUUGGGCAAGGUGUUGCAAAUGGCAAUAAUCAACUUGAGUGCACCGCAACUAGUUCAAUUGGUAAAGAGUAUUUUGAGGUACUUGAAUAGAGAAGGUGUCAUUGACGACGAGAGGUUGCAAUCAAUUGUCGAAUUGUUGACAAAGUAA